UAUUGGUUCCCUCUCUCUCUCUCUCUUCCACAUCAUUUGCUUUCAGUUUUGAUUCUUUUUCAUGCAACUACAAAGCACCUCCAAAAUUUGUGUAGACAUGGCUACAAGCUACAAGCCAAAGAACAUUCUCAUCACUGGAGCAGCAGGCUUCAUUGCGUCCCAUGUUUGUAACCGCCUUAUUCGAAACCACCCAGACUACAACAUCGUAGUCCUCGACAAGCUCGAUUACUGCUCCAACCUCAAGAACCUGCUUCCUUGUCGUUCUUCUCCAAACUUCAAGUUCAUUAAAGGCGACAUUAGCAGUGCCGACCUAGUCAACUUCAUCCUCCUCUCUGAAUCAAUCGACACGAUCAUGCACUUCGCAGCUCAAACCCAUGUCGAUAACUCCUUCGGCAACAGCUUCGAGUUCACCAAGAACAACAUCUAUGGAACCCACGUUCUUCUCGAAGCCUGUAAACAAGCCAGUCCGCAGAUCAAAAGAUUCAUCCAUGUCAGUACAGAUGAAGUUUACGGUGAGACAGAUGAAAAUGCAGUGGUGGGAAACCAUGAAGCUUCUCAGCUUCUUCCUACUAACCCUUAUUCUGCAACAAAAGCUGCUGCAGAAAUGCUUGUUAUGGCAUAUGGCAGAUCUUAUGGUCUUCCCAUUAUAACCACAAGAGGGAACAACGUGUAUGGGCCCAACCAGUUUCCUGAGAAGUUGAUUCCAAAGUUCAUGCUUUUGGCCAUGAAAGGAGAGAUUCUUCCGAUUCAUGGUGAUGGAUCAAACGUUAGAAGCUAUCUCUUCUGUGAAGAUGUUGCUGAGGCGUUUGAGGUUGUUCUGCACAGAGGUGAAGUAGGACAUGUGUACAACAUUGGGACGAAGAAGGAGAGGAGAGUGCUUGAUGUUGCUAGAGAUAUCUGCAGGCUUUUCUCUUUGGACCCAGAAACACACAUCAGGUUUGUGGAGAACAGGCCGUUCAAUGAUCAGAGGUAUUACCUAGCCGAUCAGAAGCUGAAGAGUUUGGGAUGGUUCGAACGUACAAGUUGGGAAGAAGGGCUUCAAAGAACUAUGGAAUGGUACGUUAAGAACCCUAAUUGGUGGGGUGAUGUUUCUGGAGCAUUGCUUCCCCAUCCGAGAAUGCUCACAAUGCCUGGUGUUGUUGAGAACAAGUUCGAUAAUAAUAAUAAUAAUGCUUCUUCAGUGAACAAUUCAUCAUCGCUGUCAUCUGAUAAAAAGACGUCAGAUCUCAAGUUUCUGAUAUAUGGUGGAUCAGGAUGGAUUGGUGGUCUUGUGGGGAAGAUAUGUGAGAAGCAAGGGAUAGACUUUGAGUUUGGAAGAGGGAAUUUGGAAGAGAGAUCACAAGUUACUACGGAUAUUCAAAGAAUUAAGCCAACUCAUGUUUUUAAUGCUUCUGGUGUUGUUGGUGCCAUAAAUGCGAAAUGGCUUGAAGCUCAUAAACCAGAGACAACUCGUAACAACGUUGUUGGUGUGUUGACAUUGGCAGAUGUGUGCAAGGAACAUGGCCUCAUGUUGAGCAAUUAUGUUAUUGCCAGUAACUUUGAAGACAAAACGAAUCCUAAGACUUUCUAUUCCAAAACUGAAUCCAUGGUUGAAGAGCUGUUGAAGGACUAUGAGAAUGUGUGCACUCUGAAACUGCGACUACCAGUAUCAUCUGAUCUGGAGAAUCCAAACAACUUCAUCACUAAGAUUGCGAAUUCUGGGAAAGUGGCAAACAUUGCAAAGAACAUCACUGUGUUGGAUGAACUUCUUCCAAUCUCCAUAGAGAUGGCCAAGAGAAACCUCAAGGGUUUGUGGAACUUCACAAAUCCUGGAAUGGUGACUCUCAAUGAGAUCCUGGAGAUGUACAAAGACUAUAUUGACCCUGACUUCAAGUGGGUAAAUUUCACACCAGAAGAACAAGCCAAGGCUCAUUUCCCAUCUCAAAGCAGCACUGAAAUUGAUGUUUCCAAGUUCAAAAUGGAGUUUCCUGAGGUUUUGCCCGUGAAGGAGUCAUUGGUUAAGUAUGUGUUUGAACCCAAAGGAAAAAAAGCUGCUCACUAAUUAAGUGAAUAUUAUUGAAUUGAAGAGACGUGAUGUGAAAUCGCGUUGAUUAUGCUUUUAUUUCAAUUUAGCCUUUUGUUUUGAAUUUCAUUCUUUGAAGAAUUAUAAUUUCAUUAUUGUAAUAUGUCUUGUGAGUUAUGUAAUCCAGUAUACCAAAUGCGGUGUUAUUUUGGAGUUUAUGAAAAUAAUGAAAAGAUAACUCUGGAUGACUUCAGAGCAUCUAAUUUGUACUA